AUGGGAUCGAAGAAAUGGGUGCCUCAUUUGUAUGUGAAUAACAACGAUUAUAUAUGCUGCCACUACACUAGCCCAGAAGGAAACGACGGAGGCAACGAAAAUAAGGAGAAUGUGAAUAGUAGCGGAGCCGGCGGCAACCACAUCGGGCAGGUUUCAGCGAAGCUGUUUGUGAUGGCAAAGGAGAAACAAAAGUUUCUUGAAGCUCCUGGGCUGGAGCAAUGGUGGUCCGACGAUGGGCAACGCCUGAAACUAUGCCUCCCAAAUAGCAAGCUCAUGAGCAGGCAGCUUAAAUCACUAUAUACCCUACCAGCUCAACCAACACAACCCAAGCUACAACAACAAUAA